AUGUUAAUAACUGUUAGAAAUGAUUGUUGCCCAGGUUCUACAGUUGCUUCAUGUCGUUUGGAGGGUCAGCGAGAUGUGGCGGAGUGCAAUGUCAGCGGACUGGUCAGCAACGCAUUGUAUGAUGUUCGCAUCGCCGAACGCUGUGUGGACUCUCGGGCUGAUAGCCCAUGGGUGGUUGAUCGCCUGAAAGCUACCAUUCCCGCCUGGGCGUUGACACCGAUUGGACCCAAUGUGACAAAUGUCACCAUGACGACCAUGGAUUUAGAAUGGGCAGCUAACGAGCCACGGGAUUGUCUUUUUCAGUCGUGGAAAGUGGAGGUCAAGCCUGUGGCUAUCGCAAUGGAUUCGUGGAUACCGGUGCCUGAGUGCUCUCUACCUGACCGCAGUGCCACCUCGUGUCGAAUUGUUGGAUUGCAAACCUACACAAAUUAUGACCUGCGAGUGCAGGAGACCUGCAUCCACAACACCAGUGACAGUCCGUAUUUGCUGGAUGAGAGUUCGUUUACCACCCAGGUCGGUCGUGUUGUGUACGUGGGCACGAACCCGGACACCAACUCCAAGACGAUCUUUUUCGGUUCGCAGGGACUAAAUGCCUGCGCCUACCACACAAAGUGCUGUCAAGACGAAUUCUCGUUGUGCUACGCGACAGACCAGGUGGACGUCAUCCGAACAGAUCUGCCAGACGCUGGCUGGGGUCAGGAUUUAUACCUUUCCUGCGUGGAUGAUCCAGUGGCACAAGAUGACAUGAAGAGAAUUGUGGCCCAGCCUCCUGCUACGCUAGAAGCAGUCGGACGUACGGCCAAUUCUAUCUCUCUGGUUUGGUUGCCAUUCGGAUCUGGCGGGUACAUGAGCGACUGCUACUGCUCCGUUUGGAACAUUUUCCUGAGACGGCAAGGCACACAGGAGUGGCUGCUCUCUCCCGAAUGCAACAACAUGCCUUUUUCGCAAAGCAGUUGCACCGUGCAAGAACUCGAAGGGAAUUGGCUCUUCCCAGACACCGUCUACGAAGUACGAGUGCGACAAACUUGUAGCUUCGAUCGCUUGAGCAGUCCGUUUGUGGAGAUCCAGGUGCCAACUUUGCCUGGCUGCACUUUCUCUCAGCACAGUGGCAGAGAUGACUUCUUUGUUUGCGCGGACGGCUUUGAAAGCAACAUCUUUGAAGGUGGUCGCUUUGAUGGUGAUGGCAUUGGAUGUUGGCAACGUGGUGGCCGAGCAAAGUGCGCGAUGAACUUUCCAUACAUGUGUGCAAGUCCUGACAGCUGUGCGAAGGUGACAAGUGCUCUCGAGGGCGGCGUGAGAGCGGACCACUGCUGCAUGACCACGCCUUGUGGUAGUCAGAAUGGCGGGGACAGGGAAUGCAUUGUGCGCCCCCGCCCACCAGUUGAUCUGGUUGUGACUUCAAGCACACCAGACUCCCUGACUAUUGAUUGGAAGGAGCAAGGCUUCACUGACCCAACCUUUUACCCAUGCAGCUUCCGCCGUUGGCAAGUGGAUUUGAGCCAUUUCUUCUUUGAACACUGGAGUUCUGAAUGGACUGCUGCGCCAGAGUGCUUCAUAGAGGACCGUAGAACCACUUUGUGCACGGUUUCAGGCUUGAUCAGCAAUGCUUACUACUAUGUGCGGAUCAGGGAGGUUUGCCAGGAUGAUACACUGAAUGGAGACUACGAAACCUACCCAACACUGGCACAGGUGAACCCCUUGCCAGCCACAGUCGUCUUCAUCUAA